UUUUCAUUUCUAUUUAGCUCGCAUUUCAUUAUUUAUACACCCAUCCACCCCCCUCUGUCGAAUCGACCUAUCCGCAGAUAGAUAAGAACACACCGCCGUGUUAUACAUUCAAUAUUUGCUCUUCCCGAAUCGUCUCUAACAUACAAAUGUCGGAUAUCGGAGCUCUUGUUUCUAAACUCAGCACAAUGGGUUUCAGCGAUCCUCCCGUGGAGCACGCCGCCGUGGAUAGCGUCGACCAGUGGGCCGAGGCUCUCUCGACUGUCAGCGGUCUGCCCAGCAAGUACACGCUGACCAAGACGCUUAUUUUCAAGCCCAAGCAGCCCAAGUCCGAGGCCAUCGCGCCCGUUGUGGUCAUUGCCAAGGAUGUGAGCGCGACCAACUCGAAGACCAUUGGUACUGAGCUCAAGCUCAAGGAUCUGCGCUUUGCUAGCGACGAUAUUCUCAGUGGCAUCUUCCAGACUGCCAAGGGAUCAGUCUCGCCCUUUGCCCUGUCCCAGGUUCCCAAGGAGAACAUUGGCAGCGUGCGCGUCGUCAUCGAUAAGGCUCUGCUGAACGACACCACCGGCAAAAUUGCAUUCCAUCCCCUGGACAGCUCACGCACCGUAUUUAUCAGCAACGAGACUUUGAAGUCUUUCAUCAAGUCAGUCGAGGGACUUACCCAUGUUAUUGAGAUGGACUUUGCCGCAGCCGCUGCCGCCCCUGCCGCCGCCCCUGCCGCUGCCAAAGCUAGCCGCCCCGCUGCUGCCGCUGCCGCUCCCAAGGCCGAGGAGGUCUCUGGAACCAAGCUGGGUCUUGAUGUCACCAAGGAGGGUGAUUUUAGCACAUGGUACAGACAGAUGCUGAUGAAAGCUGAGAUGUACGAUAACUACCCCAUUUCCGGCUGCUUUAUUCUGCGUCCUCUGGCGUACUUUAUCUGGCAGGAGAUCCAGAAGUUCCUCGAUGCUGGCAUUAUGUCAAUGGGUGUCAAGAACUCCUACUUCCCCAUGUUUAUCCCGGGUGAUGUGCUGGAGCGUGAGAAGGACCACAUUGAAGGCUUUGCGCCCGAGGUUGCUUGGGUCACCCGCGCCGGAUCGACCGAGCUCGCUGAGCCCAUCGCCAUCCGUCCGACAUCCGAGACUGUCAUGUACCCCUACUUCGCCAAGUGGAUCCGCUCCCACCGCGAUCUUCCCUUGAAGCUCAACCAGUGGUGCAGUGUUGUGCGUUGGGAGUUCAAGAACCCCACUCCUUUCCUGCGCACCCGCGAGUUCCUGUGGCAGGAGGGGCACUGCGCACAUUUGACCAAGGACGGCGCUAUGACUGAGGUUCGCGAGAUCCUAACUCUGUACCGCCGUGUCUAUGAGGAGCUGCUGGCCGUUCCCGUCAUUGAGGGUGUCAAGUCCGAGAAUGAGAAGUUUGCUGGUGGCGAUGCCACCACCACCGUCGAGGGAUUUAUCCCGGCCACUGGCCGCGGUAUCCAGGGCGGCACGUCGCAUUACCUGGGCCAGAACUUCUCCAAGAUGUUCAAAAUCUCCGUCGAGGACCCCGAGUCCACCGGCGCCGACCGCCCCAAGCUCUUUGUUCACCAGACCUCUUGGGGUUUGUCGACGCGCACCAUCGGUGUGAUGGCCAUGAUUCAUGGCGACAACAAGGGUAUGGUCAUGCCUCCGCGCGUGGCCGAGACCCAGGUUGUCAUCGUCCCCUGUGGCUUGAGCUCCAAGCAGACCGACGAGGAGCGCUGCGAGAUUGAGAAUGCCUGCCUCAACGUCGAGGCCCGCCUCAAGAUGCUUGGCGUUCGCGCCGAGGCCGAUCUACGCGAGAACUACACCCCUGGCUUCAAGUUCAGCCACUGGGAGAUGCGCGGUGUGCCCAUCCGCCUUGAGAUUGGCCCCAAGGAUCUUGUGAACCAGUCCGUGACCUUUGUCCGCCGCGACACCUCUGCCAAGGGACAGAUGGCCUUUGAGGGUAUGGAGGCAGCCAUCCAGCUGCUGCUUAUCAAGAUCCACGAUGAGAUGCUGGCCAGGGCUCGUAAGGAAAUGGAAGAUCACACGAAGAUUGUGCUCAAAUGGGCGGACUUUGUGCCAGCACUGAACAAGAAGUGCAUGGUUUUGAUCCCUUGGUGCGAGAGAUCUGAGUGCGAGGACCAGAUUAAGGCCCGUAGCACCAGAGACGAACUGCAGGAUCAGCUCGAGGACGAGAAGGAGCCCUCGAUGGGCGCAAAGUCCCUGUGCCUGCCCUACAAGCAGCCCGAGAACCCUCCCCUUGUUCAUGGCCAAACCAAGUGCGUUCAGUGCGGUGAGGAUGCCAAGCGCUACGCCCUGUUCGGUCGCUCAUACUAAUUGCGAAUAGCGUACGAUGUUUGGACUGCAAGCUGCGAUGAUACAAUCAAUAUUUUUUACAGGCAGAAUGCACAAUACAAAUUAAAUCUCAAAUGAAUGCGUGAAAUCUGGCAUGUACUGUUGACCAGUAUUUUUUGUUUAGUUUUUUUAACGACUAUUUUCGACAUAUGGAUUGCGACAAAAUGGG